AUGAACCUAGGAAUUUCGCAUCCGGACAACCCUUUUGAAGAGGAAUUCGGCAGCUCGAGUGGUUCUGGCCAAGGUGUUUGGACGGAACUGAGUGAAGAAGUUGCGUCGAACUUAGCUAAUACUGUGGUAUCUCUCGCUUCAUUCACUGAAGGAAACACAAUGUUCUUUGCAUGUUCCGGCAUAAUUAUCAAAAACGAUCCAGAGACUAAGAUUACGAGCUUUCUAACCUCGUUAAGUUUGGUUAGAUCUACUGAAGACGACAGCAAGAUCGUUCAUAAUUUGAAGAUUCAAGUGCGCCUUCCAGAUGACCGAGUUGAGCUUGGCUGGGUGAACUUCUGGGAUUUACAACACAAUCUCGCUGUUGUCAACAUACCUCGCUUCCACACUCUUCGAGUGGCGUGUCUAGAUAAUCAGCGGCAAUUUGAGUGCCAUAGCAAAGUAGUUGCUGUAGGACGUUGCUUCAACUCAGGAAAAUUAAUGGCCACAGCUGGGAUGUUAACUGACAAUCCAAGCGGAGAUUGUCGUGAGGAGCUUGCAAUCUCCACAUGUGAACUUACCAUGACUGGAGUUGGAGGGCCCCUCAUUAAUUUUAAUGGGGACUUUAUUGGGAUGAACUUUUAUGCUGAGAAAGAGACUCCAUUCCUACCAAGGAAUAAAAUUGUUGAACUACUGAAGCAGUUAGCGAAAGAAUCCUGUCCUGGUAUGUCCACUAUAGUCCUUACGAACCAAAGAUUCUCCGAUUGGCUUAUGGCUAGGAAAGGACCUGGUAGUACAGUGGAAAGAUUUCCCAUAGCUCAUAAGUCUGAUUCACAAGGACUGAAGAAUCAAAUAAACUUUUUCUUGAUUAUUUUGAACACAUGGUGCCAUCAAUCACUUUACUAUGUUGCAAUGACACGUAUUGCUGAAAAAGAAGAGUUGAGGUCCAAUGGUUAUCCUUUUCCACUUUGGGAGGAUAUCGGCAGGCGUUUGGUUAAUAGUUUUGAAGAGGAAUUCAGUGAAAUUAUCUUAAGCGAGCUCCAAAAAGAAGUCAUUUCAAAUAUGUCUCAAAGUGUUGUAGCACUGGCUUCAUUCAUUGGAGGAAAAAGGUGUUUUGCUUGCACGGGCGUAGUUGUAGAAUGUAAUGAGUCUACCACAAGAGUUCUGACCUCGGCAAGUUUGGUUAGAACUUCGGACAUUGAAAACAAGGUUGCUGAUAACUUGAAGAUUGUAGUGUGCCUUCCAGAUAAUCGAAUUAUUCGCGGAACUUUGGAACAUAAUAGUCCAAACUAUAACAUUGCCGUCAUCGGCAUCACGGGUUUAUGUUGUACUCGAGCAGCACGAAUGAGUCAUCAGGUGCAACAUAAACCUCAUGGGGAGGUAGUAGCUUUAGGGCGCGUCUACAAUUCAGGUAAAUUGAUGGCCACAAGUGGGGUAGUGACUAGCAAACCAAGUGAGCUUAAUUGCAAAGAUCUUGUGAUCUAUACUUGCAAAAUCACCAAGGCUGGGAUUGGAGGGCCUCUUAUCGAUUUUGAUGGAAACUUUAUUGGCAUGAACUUCUAUGGCUUAGAAGAAACUCCAUACAUACCAAUGAAUAUAAUUCUGGCACUCUUGGGGAAUUUUGGUGCACAAAGGACAGGGAAUAUGCAAGUUAUAUUCUCCAUAAACUUAUCAAAAGAAAGACCUUCAGUGUUCAUGGCAUUUUAA